AUGCGCCCUUUGUCCAAGUCGGCCAGCCAGCCUUCAAUGCGGCCCGCCAGCGCGCUGCGGCCGGCCAGCGCAGCGCUGCCGGGUGUGCUGCGGCCGUGCAGCGCAUGGACUUCACCGGAGAUGCAGCGCUCGGAAACCAAACCGAAGCUCAAGACGCCCACACGACCACUCCAGAAAGACGUCCCAGCACAGAGCCUGCCGGGUCUUCCGGGCUUGCCAGCGCGGGAGCUUUUGGCCUUCAACGCCCGAGUUUGGUACGGCGAGGCAGGACCCCACCGCGUCCGGGUACUGUGCUUUGAGGACCGGAUGUUGGAGGAGGGCAACGCGCUGCUUCGCUUCGCCCAGCUGAGUCACGCGGAGCUUGACGCUAAGAAGGGCGUCGUGAAGCUGCGCUUCGCGGACGCUUUCGGCCCGAGGAGUCUGCAGAUCGAGCUGCAAAAUGCGACCGAUGUGACAUCGUUGCAGCAAGUCGUUUGGCCGCUGCUGAUGCGCUGGUUGCUUUCACCCAAGGGCAGCCUGCAAGGGACUGCCGGCCUUCCUAGAGGCCUGAAGGUCUGCAGAACGAGACGACAAGGAUCGCCGGAAUCCGGAACUCUAGGCGUGAUCCUAUCGGUCUUCGAUGCUGGCGAUGGCCUGCGCAAUGGUUUGAACCUGGAACUUCAGUUAGUCUUUAUGGCUGUGGCGAAUCCUGGUGCGGAAUCCGCCUUGCAGAUCAGGUUAGCGAGUGCUGACCCGCACUUCACCCACCAACUUGGAAAGCCGAUGCUGACGCAGAUGUUGCAAGAUGGAGCAGCCCCAGACGAUCCACAUCUUGCUCAGCUCCAGGUCCUGGGAGGGGCAAACGGCGUUGCGGCAUUGACCGAGGACCAGCAGCUCGAUUUGCUUAUCGCGGACGAAGCCGGCCGCUCCCUUUACCCUGGAGCGCAUCUCCGCAUCUUUUUGAGUCCGUUCACAGCCUGGACAGCUUCCCCUGCUUCAAGUUGUUCCUGCUUGACUUUGACGCAGCCUCGCAGCAUCUCCUGUCAGGUGCUGUCCGUUGUGCCUGGGAAAGCAUUCCAGAACCUGCUCGAGAUCACUUUGCCCCAGGAGAGCACAGACAGGUUGAGACUUCUCGUUGACUGUGGGGCACCUUCAGGAAGUUUCUUUCCAGAACGCCUUGCAGCAGAAAUCCGCCUGUUAGACGGGUCCAAGCCACACUUUGCAUGGGCUUCCGGCAGCUUGAUCUCCUGGCUGCCCGUGAGCUCUGGCGCUGGCGCCGUGACGCAGGGCCUUGGCAGCUCAGACCCUUUCAGCGGCGCCCAGAGCCACCUCCUCCUCCACUUCUUCCCUGGUGCCACGUUGCGCUCAGCAGGCGCAGGCGAUGCCACCCUCUCGCUGCUGGCGCCGGAGGGCUACACCUUGCUGGAUGCGGAGUGCCAGGCGUGGUAUGGAAAUGGCACCUUUGCUGGUUGCCUGACGGAUUCGAGGUGGUCCUGCGCAGGACGUUCUUGCACCUACAACUUGCAGCCCUAUGCCGCAAUAUGGGCAAGCUCAGCAGUGCGGGCGCUGGUGACGCUUGCCAAUCCCGCUGAGCCAAUGAGACUGGACGACGACAGAAAUGUGUGGCAGUUGACAAUGCAGGCGAGCGGCUUCCAUUCCACCCAAGUGCAAGCUGUUAUGCGGCUCCAGGCCAACGAGGUGAGCAACACAAGCAGAGGCGUGGCAGUGCUUGGUGAUUUGAGCCCGGCAUUCAUCCAGCCUACUUGCUUGGCAGCUUCACCAGAGAGUGGCCCUCUGACAGCGAACUGGCUUCAGGUCUUCUUUACAGCAGCGCAGUCCGUGCACCUGGCAAGGUUGCUGCUGGAGGCCCACGAGGAUUUCAGCUUCGAGUCUACGGCCUGCUCUGACUUGCCUGCAGCCUACUAUGCGGCAGAUGGGCAUGGCCAGCGGACCUGGGGGCUUCCCAGCAUCACAAGCUGCCAGCCGAGCGGGCAUGCAGCUAGCAUUACGCUGGCGGGUGCGCUGGUGGCAGCACGACGCUAUGGCUUCCAAAUACGGGUGUUCAACCCUCGCCGCUACGACGCCGCUCACCAGAGCAGCUGGGCUCUCACAUCUUUGACUUCAGCAGGAGCGGCGGUCGACCGAACCUCCGUCACGCCGGGCUUCAGUCCGAGUGUUCCAGAGGCUUUCGAUAUCUACCGACAGGAAAUGAAGGUUGUGACUGGUGAAGAUGACGGCACCGGAAGCGCUCUUGGUCUGGAGGUGCUGUCUGGCUUCCCGUUCUGGGCGUCGGGACAGGAAGCCGUGGUCCGCAUCUUCCCCUUGCGCACUGCGGUGACUUUGUGGGGGGCAUUGAGGAUUUCAGCUCCGGGAGACUACAUCUGGAUCUUGGAAGAUGAGGGCCUCAGCCUGGAGGGCGCUGCUGAGCUGCCAGGCGGAUCGCCCUCGCAGUUGGCCAACGUGUUGGCGUGGCCGCACGCCAGGUAUGCAGCUGGGACCAGCUAUGGGUUUGCUUGUAGCAUCCGUGUGCCUGCCGUUGCCCCCGUUACAUCGGCCAGAGCGUUCUUUGUGGAGUUUGGGUACGACCAGCAAUCCUGGGAUGAAGGUGCGCGGUUGCUGGCCGGCCGAAUCGAGGCGCCGCCCAUCAGGGCACUGCGGAACACCCAGGUGGAGCAUUUGUCCCACCUCCAGGGCCAGGCUACAAGGCUCACCUUCCAGGUGGAAGUUGUCACGCCAAUCCAGAAAGGUGGCGCCUUGCUGAUCCGAAGCCCGCCCGGUUUCGUGAUGGCUUCUCCUUGCGUGCCACGAAGCAUGGGCUUUGCAUCGGCACCAACAAAGCCUCUGCCUGACAGCAUAUCCUGCAGUGCCAGGCCUCUUCCCCCUCAGACGAAGGCCCAAGGAGGAUCCAACCAGCAGGCCGAUUUGGCGCUAGCAGCGGGCAGCGGCGGAAUCGAUGCCGGGGUGUACGUCUUCGAGGUGGGCGCAGUAAAUGCAGAGCUGGCGCUGCAGGAUACGGGAGAUCAGGAAAGCUGUGCAAAUGGCCAGUCAUGCUGGACCUUCUUCAGUCUUGUGGAUCUGCGCGGGGAGUCCUUUGGUGAAUUUGAUGCCAAAAGCUUUACUCCUGGUCAACGGCUGAAGCAGCAGAUGCCUGAUGCCGGGCUCCAUUUCGCAGACGGGCGAAAUGAUAGGCCUCUUGAGAGCAACCGCCUCACCUUCUCCGUGUUGCUGGCUCAUACCAGCAGUGUGUUGAUUCUGAGUGGCCCUGAUGGCUUUCAGCUCAAGAAGGACUGCCUGGCAAACGCUACUGACGUAGUCAGCAUCGCAGGUGCUUCUCUUGCCAGCUGUGAGGCCACUGGGCCUAAAGCGCGCUUGGAGCUCCUGGCACCUUUGCAGGCGGGCGUUCGCUAUGCCUUCGCCGUCGAGGUGGAGGCCAAUCCCACAACAACACCGGCACUGAAUUCGUGGUUCCUAGAGACGGACUCAGAAGCUUCAUUGGCAAUUGCGAGCUUCAAUGUGCAGACGUUCCAUGGAAUGGCAGUCACACCAUUGACUCCAGCUGCCGGCUCUGUUUGGCCAGAUGGAGCUCCAAAUCAGGUGAACAUUUCCUUCCGCCCGCAGACAAGUCAAACUCGUGGUGAAGGUUGGCCGUCCCUGGUCAUCACAGCUCCGGCGAACUUUGCAUUUUACCACGGCAAUGCUUCUUGCCCUCAGCUUUACCAGGCAGGCCUGGCCCAGGAUGCUUGUUCGGGAGGAGCAUGCCGCUGCUCCCUGCAGGAAGACAAUAUGCUGGCCGUGGAUUUCACAGGGGCUGGCCUCUCCAGCAACAUGACAUACAUCCUGCGGCUUUUGACUGUAGGCCAAGCAAGUGUUCCCGGCGGAAGCUGGCGAUUAAUGUCCUUCCAGGACAGGUUGGGCCAAGCCAAGUUGGACGUUGGGGAGGUAGAGGGCUUCCAGCUGUGCAGCGCGCUCCUGGACUUGGCCGUGGGCGUGCAAUCAGACAAGCAUGAGCUGGAGCUUGUCGCGCCUAGCGAGGAAGGCCUCGCUCUUCUGCCCGAGUUGGUUGUCACCUUCACGCUCCCUCAUCCAGUGCUCGGCGGCGACUUGCUGCGACUUUUUUUGCCGUCCUCCCACAGGCUAGAUGGCGGCGAAGCCAUGUGCGGGCUGCAAUGGUGGCAAGGUGCAUGGUCCGUGCUUCCAGGGCUUGUGGUGCCCGCGUGCACCCCAGCAAGAGUGCAGCUGAACUUCACCAAAAGCUCAGAGGCGCACAUUUCAGCUGGCCGGCAACUGGCCCUGCGAUUCAGCACAAGGAACCCACGGAGGAGCUUCACUGAUUCAUUCUGGCGCGUGGAGCACUUGCGGCAUGCGGAACUGCUGGCUGGGGGUGCUCUUCAAAGUUGGAAGGUCAUUCCUGCUUUGUCACAAGUAAGCGUUGAGCUUGCGUCUUUUGCUGUUGGGCAGCGCACCAGCAUCAUCGAUGUCUCGUUCACUGCAGCUGGAGAUGCUGAUCAACUGGAGAUGCGAGGGCCUGUGGGCUUCGACUUCAGCAAUGCAGCCAGCGACCGUGGAGAAGCCGCCAGCAUAUCAGAGCCCCGCUCUGUGAGGGUCAAGAUUCCGAUGAAGGAGGGUGAGCCGCUGAAGCUCCGCCUGCAUCACGUGCAGUUGCCUGAGGAGGGUGGGGUGUGCUACUUCGACCUCAAUGCACUUGAUAGUGAUGGGCAUAUUGUGGCUCGCGCGCUCAACUUCACAAAUGGGGUGGCGGUGCCAGGCCGCAUUCUCAUAUCCCAUAUUGAUCUCCAGAGCGUGUACCAGUCCAGACCACUUCAGUACCCUUUGCAGUCUCAAUGGCCAGCGCAAUUUAGCAGGCGGAUUGUGAUUCAAAUGGAUGCCAGAAUUCCUUCAGCAAAUGCCGGAGAAGCGCUGCAGAUUUCAGGCAAGCCGUUCCAAAUGCAGCAGGGCGGCUUUCGAGUGCUGAAGCUAGGAGCUGUGGUACCCAUGUCUGCCCCAAGCACGAGCGGCGGGAUGCUGACAGCAACGAUUGUUGAAGGGCUUCUUCCCGGCGUGCACCAGAUCUUCGGCAUGGCCCUUGCUCCGGCAGCACUGGCAACCAGUGAACGCACUGGGCUGAAAGCGUUUGAGACGCGGAUGGUCAUGUGCAUUCGACCUGAGGGCCUAUUUGGUGGAACAUCGAGGUUUGGAGUGUCAUACCAGAAGCCUAGACAUUUGCUGCAUUUUUGGCAGGCAGACAUCUUGUUGGUGCCGCCUUUGCAGGCCUUUGAAUGGGAGGCCGUGGCAAAGGUUCCGGCCGGGAGCCCAUCGGACGACACUUGCGAGCUCUCGCGGCAACGGGAAUCCCGAGAAGAGCUCCAGGGCAUGCUGGCGAACCUGGAGCGGCAGCUCAACGAGGCGCAGCGCAAGCGCUCAGCCAAUUUGGCCUGGAGAAAAAGUCCAAAGGGCGGGGUGCGCUCGAGUGUCACCGGCCUGGAUCAGGGUUUCGGGGAGAUUCGGGCCGCCUUGUCCUGCCGCGGCCUCAAAAACGAGGUAGUUCCCAGUGGCAACAUGGAGGCGCAAGCCAGAUCGCGGAUCGGAUCGAGCGCCCAGUCCCCGGAUGAAGAGUCUUCAGCAGCGGAGAUGUUCAUGAGGGGAGCCUUUCCCUGGGCCUUCCACGCCCUGGGUCGCUUCUUGGAGAACACAGCCGUGAAGGCGGCGGAAACGUUGGAAAACCGCGGGACACACUGGGCUGCGGGGUGCCCUGCGAGAGUGUCGGAGGCUGAGCUGCCGGAGAUGUCUUGGGGAACGGCGGCGGGGGCAGGGGCAGAGGCCCGUGGACAAGGCAAGGACUUGCAAAACCGGCUGGCAGAUGAGUUUUAG